UCCGUUUCGUCGAUCGACCCAAAUUAUGGCCUGUCACGUCAGCUAUUUAGAGUCAAGUAAGAAAUGAUCACUCAUGCCACUUCUCCGUCCCUUUAAUUUGAGUAGUUAAAGUGCGUUUCACCAGCCGGAGAAAUAAUUCAAAACUGCACUAGAUCACGCAUAUUUUGUUCACUUAUUCAACCUUUCCGGAAUGAACGGGCGUAAUUACAAAUUUGACAACGGUCCGAAAAUGCCGGAUUCGUUAUGUACAGAGAGUCGGUGGUGCGGAUGUAUUCCUUUCUAAGUUGCAUGAUUUUAACAAUAUGAAAGCUGAGGCAAAUUGUCACAAAGGAUCGUCUCAUGAGCAAACAACUGAGCGUCCUGUUUCUGAUAGUCAAACAUCUCCUUGUAUCUAUUUCAUUAGAACCAUCUUCAUUGCUAAGUGGAGAGACGUUGUGUUUCCGCUCAUGUCAUUUUCAGCCCGGUAUAAGAAUCCAUCAAAGAUGCUUGAUUCGUGCAAAUUUAAAAAGAAACAAACUAGGCGGAGAUUAAUGAACGGAGUUAAAUUCUUGUUCGUUACAUCCCACGGAGAGGCUUGUGAUUCCAGUUUUUUUACCACGUGCGAAGAAUUACAAAUGGAACAAGAGGACAGAAUCCGAUCAUUGAAUUCCAAGAGCGAAGAACAGAUGUCAUUUCAAGACAGGAGCUACCCUCCACAGACGUUGUCCAGUCCAGACGAGCCAGAGGCAAACGCGCCAGAAACGGCCAAGUCAAGCGGCCAACAAACAAGCGUCUCGCAGUUUGACUCCGUCAAAAAGGAUCAUUCCGACAAAGACUUGAAGAAACGCAAACGGCGAGUGUUGUUCACGAAAGCGCAAACUUUUGUCUUGGAAAGAAGAUUUCAACAGCAGAGAUACUUAUCUGCGCCCGAACGAGAGGAAUUGGCGAGAAUCGUAAAUCUUACACCAGCCCAAGUGAAAAUUUGGUUUCAGAAUCACAGAUACAAAUAUCGUAAGCAGAUUAGCGAACGAGGACCUUGGGACAAACCGUACUCUCCGCUUUCACAAGGAGCGUUGCUAAAUGGUUCUGGACAAUUCUGCAGUUGUGUUAGUCCUUCGUGUAACUAUCUAAGCGGGUCGCCAUACCAAGGCGACUACUUGCACUAUCCUCCCUCCGUAAACUCUUCCUACAUACAACCUACAACUUAUUGGUAAAAAAUUCACAUUGCUCCCAAAAAAUGCGCCCGCUGUUGUGAACAAAUCGUUGUCAAAUUUUAAGAAAACGCAGCACGGAGUUGAGAUUAUUUAUCGAAAAAGUCAGUCUGUUUUACAAGUAAUGGGAGCAAAUGUUCACUGAAUGUAUAGCGUUUGUCAAAAAUAGGUUUAAGAAAUGCAAUGUUCAGUUUAGGAGGCAAGAGAAUAAGGCUUGUAUAAAGGUACCGAAAUAAAGCUGUGGAAAGCUUGCAAAUACUUUCUGAAAAGAGUAUGCAUGCCGUAAAUUGUAUGCUUGCUAAGGCAAAACCGAGACUCGAUCUUGGUUAUUUGCUCAGUAGAAAUCGCGUGUAUUUACCAGCAUAGAAAUAACAGAGAGAGGGAUUUUAAAGCUAGUAAAAACUCUAUUGUAAAUAGUCUCGUACUAAGUGUGUAAGGUGAUUAUGUGGUGUGUUGUACUGCUUGGAGAAGAAAAUCGGUGCUGUUUCAUGCAGAUAAAACAAUGUACAGGAAAUAUCAACUGUGUGCGUUGGACAUUUUUUUUGUGUAUUCAACUGUCCUUCUGAUUUUUUAUAUGGGAUACUUAAACCGUCAGCAAUUUUUCACGAUCAAAAGUAAUACCAGUCCCGUAUAAAUCAGCUUGGAUUCAAAAUUCUAUAAGAUGAGGUAAAUAGUGAUAUUGAUUGAUCUUUCGUUUAAAACUAUACAGUGAUUUAUGAGUUUUUUUAAUCGGAUUUCGAUGUUUUGUCUAGCGUGUUAUUUCCUUCACGGCACUUGUUUAAAUGUCCAUUCUAAGACCCAGUAUGAAAGAAGUACUCUAGAAGGUUCAAAAAACAGUAGCAGGUAACAGUUUUUUAGAUUACCAUGAUCUUGUGUCAUUUAAUAGGAAAAUCGAACGAGUUGUUUAAUCUUUAGCGCGUGCUAUAAGCCAAUAUCAAGCAAAGCAUUCCAGUCAGUUUAUAAAUCUCGUCUAAGAUUCGCCGUGAUUGUUUUCAAGAGGCUACAAUUUGCUUUGGAAAGCUAGAUUUCAGUGUUUUUCCACUUCAAUUCAGUUCAGUAGCGAUCAUAUUUCUUUUGUAGUUAAAUAUUUAAACAGUUUCGUUGGACCAUAGCAUCAAUAUUGAAACUAAAAGAUUAGAGUCGGCAAUCGACAAAAAUAACAAAAAAUGUUUUUCUUUUAGUGUGGUAUAAGUUACAGAAACAAAACAGAACUAGACCACGAACGAGAUAAACCAAGCAUCUUUGUUCCUUUAUGGUUUAAUGUCGCUGCUUUAUUCUUUGAAAUUACAUUUAAAAAAAUGCAAAACUGAGGGUUGUGAUUGUGGGACAGUUUCGAUCUCCCACUCAAAGCGCGUUUUGUUUGCUCAAACGGUGAAUUUGGUGAAAAACGGAAAUUAACCCGUAGAGUCCGAGAGAAAACAGCUCAGUCAUGGAUCCCGUCUCUGUUAAGCGUCUUGGCCAGAUUCAUCGAUGACUUACGCUCGCUACACAUUCUAUUCGGGAUAGAUGAACUUAACAUCUGCAAUACAAGCGAAAAUCACAACAGUAUCAUGUCUUUUUUGGCUGUAGAAACAAUAGUAACUUGAAGAACUCAGAUCUGAUGCGAACAUUUAUAUGCCCCGUUACAAAGCCCUUUUCAAUUUUGACAAUUCUAGUGUACGAGGGUAGUGCGCUUAUUUUGACAACGUGGUUACGAUGGGUGCGUCUCAGGUCUUAAGCUUUCUCAGGGACGACAACAAUAGAUUUUGGAUAUAUCGUUUCCUAUAAGACUGAAGAUGUUUAAUAUUUUACGCCUGUACAUGUGGAUAAGUAAAAGUUUUAUUGUUGCUUGUUUAAGGAUUAGCUGUAUUUACUAUAAAGGUAAUAAAAGGUUUUUAUUUAGA